AUGAUGAUUAUAGUCUAAACAUUUAGGUUUUCAAAAAUAUCAAACUUCAAAAUAUUUAUCAAAGCAAAGAUUUCGAUGAGCUCUUUUUAUCAAGACUUAUUUGGCAUAAAUAACACUUCUAUAGCUCUAUUAAUAGGAUUAGGCAUAGGUGUAUUUGGUUUUAACUUAAAUGAAAAGAUCAUUAAUAAGAUAAAAAGCACCAAAUAGAAAAAGGCAGCUGAAUUAUUGAAAAAAAAAUAUGAAAAUUUGAAAGAUAAAGAACUAUCUUUGGAAUUUAAAAAUGUACUACAUUAAUAUAUCAAGGAAUUUGAAGAAUCAUAAAUAUUAGAAAAAAUUAUAGAAAAGAAAGUUGAUGAUUAAAGCUAGAUUAGAAAGCUCUCUAAAGGAUUUACCUACACUUAAGAAGACGAGUAAUAGCAUGAUUUGAUCAAGUGUCUUUCUGAGCCAAUAUGGGAAAUGUUAAAAAGAGGAGGUAAAAGAAUUAGACCUAUUUUUUGUGCACUAAUCGCUGAAGCAUAUAAUCAUAAACUAUCAGAUGUAAUUGAAAUUGCAGGAUUUAUAGAAGUUUUGCACAAUUGCUCUCUUAUUAUAGACGAUAUAGAAGAUGAUAGCUUAAAAAGAAGAGAAAAAGACGCAGUACAUAUUAUUUACGGUGUAGAUAUAAGUAUAAACGCUGCUAAUUAUGGUUACUACGCACCUUUAAAUUAUUUGUUGAAUUUGAAAAAAUAUAAUUAAAAGACAAUCAGCUAAUUAUCUCUUAUAUACGCCUAUGAAAUGUCUUAAAUUCAUCUUGGACAAGGCUGGGAUCUUUUGUGGCACAAUUAAAAAAAGGAAUCGUUAAAAAUUCCAACUGAAUAGCAAUAUCUUUAAAUGGUAGUUAAUAAAACAGGAGCCCUAUUUAGAAUGAUGAUCAGAAUGUUAGGGGUAGUUCUUAAUCUUGAAGAGAGAAAUGUUAAGAUGCUUUCAUUAUUUACUGAAAAAGUGGGAGCUGUAUUUUAAAUAUAAGAUGAUAUAAUUAACUUAGACUCUCCUGAUUAUACAACUAAAGGGAAAAGAGGAGAAGACAUAACCGAGGGUAAAAUUACUGUAAUUGCAAUUCACGCAUUAAACAACAAUACUGAGGAUAAAAAAUAAAGAUUAUUUGAAAUAUUAUGCAUGAAAACUUAAGAUUAAACUUUAGUAGAUGAAGCAAUAGAAAUUAUGUAAUAAUCUGGAAGUAUUUAAUAUGCCAAAGAGUUAGCUAGCUAGAUAAUGGAGUAAGCUUGGCAAGAAUUAGAUAAAUCUUUACCUGAAUCAGAAUCAAAAUACAAAUUAAAAUUAAUUUGCCAAUUUAUUCUCAAGCGUUAAAGCUGA